UAACGAAGCAAUUGAAUGAUAGAAUGAAUUAUGUAUGAACGAAAAAAUUAUUAAUUUCUUAAAUAUAACAGAAAAAUUUGCGUUGAAUGUAAGCGCACCGAACAUACCAUUAAUACAUCCGAUUGCAUAACCGGAUCGUGUUCUCUGAAUUUAUUUACGACACCGGGUAUAAUUCCUGCAUACGCACGUGAGUUCAGAGUCGCCACCUGGUGCACCUUCGAUCGUUUAACAUUACGGGACACGUCAAACGUCAAAGUUGCGGUCUGUCGCCGCUAUCGGAAAAUUUAUUCUUCAUCACGCGAUGAAGCGCAUCGGAACGACACUUCGCGAGAACGGCUUUCGAAUCCGCGAAUGAAAGCAAAAGGUGUGCACGAGUGUAUUCUGUGAAUGAGUUAACAUGAUCAGCGGCAUUCAGAGCGCCCUGAAAAAUGCCAUUGACGUGAUAGCCCCACCGGCAACGCCAUUGCAAGAUUUUACUUAUCACUGGAAGCAAUUGAUGAAUUUUUAUGUGAGCCACUUGACCGAUUGCAAGGUUCCAGUACAGAACACCAAUAUACCUCGACAUUUGGAUGUAUUGCUAGAAAUCUUAUUACAAGAAGAGAAAGAAGUGAAUGAACCGGGACCUUGCUUGGAAUAUCUUUUACAGCACAAACUUUUGGAUCUUCUAGCCACCUUGGCUAGCGCGGAAACGCCGCCUGGUAUGCGAACGGUUUGUCUCACCUUCCUGAGGAAACUAUUGGGUAGAUCAAAAUAUCCUCUCUUACAUCAUGCAUCUAUCUACGCGCCUAUACAACGACUCGUGGCACUCUGCAAUGGAAACCCACCAUCGCCAAUCGAGGGUGAAGAGGUGCAGUUUCUGCUCACAAUCUGCUUUCUGGUAUGCAAAUAUCCUCAUGUGACCAGCAUCAUCAAUGAUGCCCCGAUUGUGCAGACAACGAGCAAACCCGCCAAGAAAGAUAACGAUGAGAAGACAGAAAUACAGAAGGUGACCUACGUCCCGACAAGAAAAAGGAAUAAUUCUAAUCCCUUGUUCGAGCCUUUGGAUACCCAAGCAGUCACAUUGAUCAAUCCGAAUCUCUUUGACAAAGAACAGAGAAGAUUACUGCGUUCAAAUAGGUCUUUCAAGAGAACCGCGUCAUCGCAGGGCUCGUCGAGAAGAUCGAACGAAUCUAUCUCCUCGAGGGAGGAGAGUGUGUCAUCGAGCCCGCUGGCUCAAAAAUCUGUUUGCGAUUCGCCUUCGAUAGAUACGAAGAGCAAUGAACAGUGGAAAGAAAAGAGACAAGAAGAUUUUUCGGCAAAUAAAAUUGACGAACAUUUACAAAACUUGAGGGACUUGCGAUUAGACACCGAUUGCAAUGUUUAUGAUGACGCAAGUUAUGUAGCGGCUGAUAAUCAAAGUUUGAAAUCACCACAUAGGCCAGAAAAGUCAAAGUGUCUUCUAUUGGACGCCCUAAUGAGCUACUUAAAUAGCGCGGACAACACCGUGAGAAUACGAGCGUGCGAGGGAAUAAUGGUCCUGGCUUCCCUAGACGAUCCUUCAUUCGCGCAAACGGUGGCCAGGAGCGAGCUGCCGUCGAUAGUGACAAUUCGCCUGGAAAACCUAUUCAAUGCUAUCCCGGCGCACGUAGAUCACUUGGAUAUCUACAACGUGGAUGUUACGUGGGGUCUGGACUCGCCGUUGUGGACUAAAGAGAAAAAAUUUCCCGGUUGUCGGCAAGUUGCCGCAUUCUUCAUGUGGUUCGAUUACUGCGAUCAAUUAAUCAGAGAAGCCCAAACAGAAUUCGCUGAAACACUGGCGAGGACCAUCAGAGUAAUGUUUCUAGAGAGAAUAGUAAUGCCCGCUCUAGUCGAUCAUCAUGUCGUACUUAUCACAGCUCUAGUCACUAAAUGUUUGAAAGAGAUAACAUCCUCUAUAUUGUGCACAGAGGUGAGUUAUUGGUUGGUCGGGCAAGACAGGGAUCCGGAAAUACCAAAUGUGUGGACGUCGCCAGUAUUACACAGACUGAUAGAGAACUGCUUCACGGAUAGUAAUGAUCUAACAGUGGAGACAUUGAAAUUGUUUGAAGAGGCGAUAGAUAAGAGAAGCGAGCACAUUCUGCAUUGUCUCAUGCUAGUUUAUCUAUCAACGCGAGCAUAUUAUGAUAACACCGCCGCGGAUAGCGCCAUCGCCUCAUGGAGCGACGAGGAAGACGAAAGAGAGAAGGAAAAAAAGGGGUUUUUAGAUCUCUCCUAUGAGCAAAAUCACAGUCGUACCUUAGCACCAAGUAAUAUCCAUCGAGUUAUCAACUGUUUCCUGUCAUUGAUACCGCGUUACUUGCAAACAGACCCCGAUGUUAACAAUUACGAAAAAUACAUGCCAGCUUGGGAACGGCAGUACUCUUCGGUACUUUCCGAUUGCGCUCUGAUGGCAUGGCCAUUGGAGGCAGUAAUGGUGGAUGAUUCCGCAAGUUUCGACUCGCGACCGGAAGCCGACCAUUGCUCAGGUCGAUUCUACAUGGGACCAUUCCUGAGCAUGCUCUUUGAUAAAGUUAGCAACAUGCCAAGGCAGACAUACGAAGUCAAUCUAGAGGUUACAGGAUUGAUUUCUAGAUUGGCGUUACUGCCGCAUCCGUACCUGCACGAAUUUUUGCUGAAUCCACUGCUACCUCUAAUACCUGGCACAAAGAGUCUGUUCUUGUGCUUACAGAAAAUUGUCAAGCAACUUGUCAGCGAAAUACCGAAAACUGCAGAGAGUAAGACAAUGCUGAAAGAGACGAGGUUGAAAUUGCUGAAUGAUUGUUCUCAAGAAGAAGAGAAGGAAAAUAUUUUAUAUGAAAGCGCCAUAGUAACAGAAGAAUUUUGCAAAGAUCUCGCAGCCAUAGCAUAUGUUAAAUAUCAUCAUUCUAUUUAACAAACUUUGUUGAAUAGAACAAUGUAACAAUUAAGUAAAUUAUAGAUGUUAAUAUAUAUUGAAGACAUAUAAUUACUUGUAUUGUAUUUUAAGUAGCAAAUCCUUUUUGUGAUACUUUGUAAGAUACACAAAUCUAUAAUUAAGUAUGAUGCAAAUAUGUUUAAUUAAACUAUUAUUACAAA